UGCUCUUUUGUGGUUUUGCUCCUCUCACACCCCUCAGUUCUUAUCAGCCUGGACCAGCCUCACAUACCCCACUGAUAGUCAAGAGUGACGACGUCUGUGCAUUUAAAUUUGUCAUUUUAAAGGUAAAUAUGAAUAUUAGCUAUGCUGCAUUUUAAAAUUGUGGAAUGAAAAAAUAAAAUGCUUCCAGCUUUUUUCCAAGCUGUGUUUCUGUUUCCUAAGUUUAACUGUGGUGACUUUAUUCAAUUGAUGGAUUUGAGAGCAAAAUCUUAUUUUGGACCUCAUAAAUGUGCCAAAAGGAAAGCUUUAGAAAACAAAUCCAGAAUUAAAGCAGUUGUGUAAGCUUUAAGAGAAGGUUCUUGUGGGAAGCCCUGCCAUUACAUGGUUAUCAGACGGUGAAAGUGUGAACAGAGUGCGUGAUGGGGGAAGAUAGUAGUUGGAUGACUUGUGGUUGACGGAAGCUGAGAUAGAAAGAGGAACAGUGUGACGAAAUAGAAAACUUCACAGGAAGACCAAUAUGUAGGAAAGAUUCUGACCAAACAGCCAUAGUAGUUGUAUUAAGAAGCACAUGAUGGAUGAAAACCCAGCUGUUCUUCAGGAAAUGGUCACAACACCAGAGCAACAGCCUCGUUCUGAUGAACCAAAUCCAGUGUUGUGCAACAAGUACAAGUACCGCAGGCUCUUACUACCUCCCUUUGCAGUCUCCCUCUUCGCAACUGCGUUAGGUUUGGGGAUCUAUUCCCACUUGCAAAAGACUGCAGAUCCCUGGAAGUCAAAAUGGAAAUCAGCGGCUCCUCUUUGCCUUUCUCCUGCCUGUAUAAGAGCAUCAGAGCAUUUUUCUGUUGCCAUGGAUCCAUUUUCUCGCCCCUGUGACUACUUCCUGUUUGCCUGUGGAGCAGGUGGAUCUUCCACCAACAGGGAUAGACAGAGGGUCAAGGGAGAAGUGAAUAAACACAGUGAAGUGAGGACAAGAGGCCUGAUAGAGAUGAGAAGAGGGACUGAUGGUUGGAGUAAAAGUGAUGGGCAGCUGAAAACAUUUCCAGACAGACAGACUGCUUUACUCACAGCCAUUAAAGAAAUAUUAGAAGCUCCUGAUGAGGCCGUUUCAAUGGGUGCAGCUGAACAAAAAGCAAAGAAUUUCUUCAAAUCCUGCAUGAAUGCAGAAUCCCGAGAAAAAAUGGGAUCAGAACCUUUCCUUACACUACUUCAGCAGUUAGGUGGCUGGGCAGUAUCAGGUGUUUGGAAUCAAACUGAUUUUAACAGCACCCUUGCCCUGCUGAUGGGCCAGUACUCCACCUUUCCUUUCUUCAAUGUGUAUGUAGGGCCAGAACCUAGUGAAGAGCAAUCUGCUUCCAAUCGACACUACAUACAGAUUGAUGAGCCUCAUUUCCAAUUUCCUAUUGAAUGGAACAGCAAGACACAAAAAGCCAAAGCAAAUACUCGGUAUCUGCGUCCAUUCUAUUCAGCCUGUGGUCAGUAUUUGGUUCUCUUAGGAGUUCCCUCUGAUCGAACCACUCAACACUGCGGUCUCUUUGUAUCUCUUUCCACGACUCUGGCUGUGGCCACAUUCCCUCUGCCCUACCGUCUCAGUCAAAAAUUACUGUACCGCAGAACUACCAUCCAAGAGCUUCAGACUCUGGCUCCAGCAGUUGAUUGGCUUGCUUGCCUACAAGCCACAUUUCAGCCACUUCUUAUCAGCAAAUCAGAUAUUGUUUUAGUCCACAAUCUCCCAUACAUAAUCCACAUGUCCAAGACAAUCCACCUAUGGCAAGUUCAGCAUGAGCUGAUGGGCACUGGUCCUCUCAACACAUACAUGAUCUUUAGUCUUCUGCAGACACUCAUACCUGCACUGGAUUCAAGAUUCUUCCAAAUAAUGAGAAACUAUUCCAUUGCAACAGGAGACACACAGGAGAUGCCACACUGGUGGCGAUGUGUUCAGCAGACAGAGCGAGGGUUUGACACCUUACUUAGUCAUGCUAUUAGAGAAAAACAUGCACAAAAAGAGGCUGAAGAGCUGAUUCAAGAUGUUUAUUCAUCCCUCAAGAAGAAACUAACAGAUUUGAGCUGGAGGGAUGAAAAAGAAUCAGACUUUAUUUUGAACAAGAUAAAUUCACUUAAUCCAAGAAUCUCCACCAACACAAACAACCUCAGUUAUACAGAACUCAACCAUCUCUAUGAAAAGGUCAUUUUGAAUGAAGAAGACUUUUUCUCUAACUACCUGCAGAUACUGUUGCUGGAGCAGAAGAGCAGGGCUAGACUGCUCUCACUUGGCACACAGACUGAAGGUUUGUCUAUGACUCCAUUCAUCUCUGGUAAUGACAUCAUCGUCCCUGUUGGAAUGUUUGUGUCACCAUUCUUCCAUUCCUCAUAUCCCAGAGCCCUCAAUUAUGGGACACUGGGAUCACUAAUGGCUAAAGAUCUUCUCCACCUUCUGCUCCCUGAUAUCUACACAAAGGCAAAGAAUCCAGAGACUGAGAGUCUGUGUGUGUGGUCUCAUUAUCUGAGUGUGACUAAGGGUCCAGGAUGGGGUGACGCAUUCUAUCUUCCAUCAUCUAAACAGCAGGAGGUUUGGGUGCAGUACUCAGCUCUACAGGUGGCACUCGAUGCUUAUAAAAUGAGUUUCAAAAGGUAUCUAGCAGAUUCAUCUCUACCAGGCUUCUCUUAUGUUCACUUGUUCCUCAGCUCCUUCACUAAGGUAACGUGUGACACAGACGCAUACCGUGAGUUCAUGCCACUUGAACCAUCAUUUUUGGUGACAGUCCUGUGCUCAAACUCAGGCCUCUGCCCAAAACCACUGACCUGCAUGAAUAAACCUCAGAGUUUUCCUGCUGAAAUGUGUCAAAGCUGAACCUGUUUUUGGACUAUUGAACUUUUGAAGCUGCUCGAUGGAGGGAACAAAGCAGAAAGUCAUUCCACAGAUUAUAAGCCUUUUUAUAUUCACUUGAUAAGUAAUGGGUUUAUGUCACAUAACCACUUUUUUCUUCAUGUGACCAAAGACUAGAAAUAUACAAAGAAGGAUCACUUGCAUUGCUAUGCCUGACAAAACUCUGGCAGCUUACUUGUUGCAGUGACACUGGAAGGCAACUCACAAAUCUAAUUCUGGAGACAUCAUGACUUGAUCAUAUUUAACAAAAUAGAGAGUGCACUCAUUUAUGAUAUCAUUUAUUCAUAAAUGUAUUUAUUCUUUAAACACAAAAGAAUAUAUUUUGAGGAAAGCUGAAAACCUGUAACCUCCAUAGUAGGAAAAACAAAUAAUAUGGAAGUCAAUGGUUACUGGUUCCCAGCUUUCUUUAAAAUAUCUUCUUCUGUGCUCAACAGAAUAUAAGUUAAUGUCAAACUGGUUUUGAACAAAUGAAGGGUGAGGAAAUGAUAACAGAAACUUUAGUUUUGGGUGAACUAUCCCUUUAACUGUCAGGAAUGGAACACAUAGGUUUGUGGAAAAUCAAAAGCAGUAAAGGAUACAUCUCCCAGCUUUCUCAGUAGACAGGAAGUGAAGGUAUAGGAUUUAGACAUAAUACUUUCCUGGAAUGCAUCCUUCAAUAUCCUAGCUUUCAAACACAGCCUAAGAAUGGGGAAAAGGUCUAAGUUCAACACGGCCAUCCUAAAGAAAUAUGUCCCGCCUUGCAGUCAAAUUAGACCAUCAUCAAUCUUUACUGAGUGGUGGUUCUUUGAAGGAGAGGCUUGUUACUGAUUUCGUUGUUCCUUAGAACAAUUCCUGUUGCUUAAACUAGUGUGUGUCUGACCUGCUUUUGACAGGAAAAAUAUUAGGUCACAUUUGAAACACAUCCUAUCACACAUCGUCGUCUGGUUUUUACUCUAGGAGUAUCCUCGAUAGUUGGAGGUGUUAAAUGUAAUCAGAGCUUAAAGGAAUAAUUCACACAAUAAUUCAUUGUUUACCAGUGAUGAAAAUAGUACUGAAAAAUCCCACUCAAGUAAAAGUUCCAUUACUUGUCUAAAAAUGUAGUGCACGCAGAGUAAAAUUAUCUGUUGUAAAUAUUACUCAAAGUAUGAGUAAAAAGUAGCCCUUUCAAAAGUGAUUGUGAGAUUGAGAGUUGAUUAGUGAGUGUUACGCUGUUAAAAGCUGAUGCGUAUACAUGUAAUUUGUGCAUGUGUAAACGUAACAUUCUGUAGUGCAUCUAGUUAUUGCCCAGCAGGCACACAACGUCAGAA